GGUCCAUGACCUGGCAGGCUCGGAGACGAAGGACAAGGCGAAGGACGGGGAAAAGGGGAUUCAAAGCGGCGCAGACGCCCAUGCGUACAGUAACAUCUGGCCGUAUCCCACAUGAUCAACUGCAAGGGGCGUUGAGAUGGAGGACGAUGAUGAUAGCUUGCUUCUGAAUUUUGUGACAAGUGGUGGUGGCACUGCUACAGGGAAGAGGAAGAGUUCCAAAACAAGAUAUGCAGAGCGGCAUAGCAAGGCAGCGAAGAAGAGGAGAGUACAGGCUGGCGCGUCUGGCGGCCUACACAAAGGAUUACUUGGUCAGGAGACCGGCAAAGGAAAGCCUGUUAGUCUGCCUGCGGAACAGCUGAAUGAAACGGAGGAAAGGGGGGGGACUACCGUCAGCCAUCAAAAGCCAGUGUGGGCAGGUAGAAAAGUUGACGACCUAGCAAGAUCCGGGGGUGCCGACCGGAAAGCAGGCACGCGUCCAAUUGCCGCCAAACAGGAUGUGAAAGCAGCAUCGAGCGAUAAAUUCUCAUUUAAGAAGAAUGCAGGCCCGCCCAAGCAAUCGUUUGGAAAUCGGGGUAAUGGUUUGGGAUCAGUCGGCAAUGCUGGUGGUCAGGGUGAGAGGGACCAAUCUGUUUGGGGAGAUGCCGAGCCUCCUGUAAAAUCAGGGGCUGUGCAGAAAGCACCGUCUCAUGGGGUGCACCAAGCCACGAAUGCAUCUGCAACCAACGCUGCGGGCGCAAAGCCUGCCAAGUCAGAACCACUGUCAGCAGAAGCAGCUCGGAGCGUCUUCUCUGCCAGCAGCUUUGCAGAGCUGGGCCUAUCCGCCCCGGUGGCGCAGCAUAUCGAAGGAGGGCUGGGUUUCACUGCCCCCACCCACGUACAGAAAGCGGCCAUCCCUGCGAUGCUCACUGGACGUGAUGCCUUGGUGAAGGCUGAUACCGGCAGUGGGAAGACCCUCGCAUACUUGGCACCCAUUGUUGACCAAUUGGCAAUAAGAGACAAGAAAGUCGAAAGGCACGAUGGCACCUAUGCCCUGAUCUUGGCCCCAACUCGGGAGCUGUGCCUCCAGAUCACUGGCGUGGCUGAGAAGCUGGUGAAGCGCUUCAUCUGGCUGGUGCCGGGCCAGAUUAUGGGGGGCGAGAAGAAGGCCAAGGAGAAGGCACGCCUCAGAAAAGGAGUGACCAUCUUGGUGGCGACCCCCGGUCGACUGCUCGACCAUCUGAAAAGCACGGCGUCCUUCCGGCUCGACAACUUGCAAUGGCUCAUCUUCGACGAAGCAGACAGGUUGCUGGACCUCGGCUUCGAGAAGGACAUCGUGCAGAUUCUCGAAAUCCUGGAUGACCCCAGCAAGAAGGGCGCAUAUCGCGGCGUUCGACGGCAGAUUGCGCUCUUCUCCGCCACGCUCAACGCUCGCGUAGACCGCCUCGCAAACCUCAGCCUCGCCAACCCGCUCAAAGUCGGUUUAGAUAGCCCAAACCCUCCGGCGGGAGCCUCCGACGCCGGGCCACAAGCGCAGGAUGCUGCAGGGGGUGAUGCAGACGCAGACGCUUUCGACCUAGAGAAGGACUUGGACGAUGUGUUUGCCUCUGAGAAGGACGAGCAGUUCCGUAUCCCCAGCCAGCUGCGGCAGUUCUACAUCAAGGUGCCCUGGAAGCUGCGCCUCAUAACGCUGUGCACGUUCCUGCGGGCCAAGACAGCGGCCGCUGCCGCGCGGUGCAAAGCCGUCGUCUUCUUCUCCACGUGCGACGCCGUCGAGUUCCACCACCUGCUGCUCAGCACGUUCAGCCUGCAGGAAGAGAGCGGGAAAGAGGCGGGGACGUAUGUGUCGUGCCCGGUGUUCAAGCUGCACGGAAACCUGUCCCAAAAGGAGCGCUCGCAGACGUUCUUCGCUUUCGGCAAGGCGGCGUCGGGGGUGCUGCUGUGCACGGACGUGGCUGCGCGGGGGCUCGACAUCCCGGCGGUGAACGUGAUCGUGCAGUACGACACGCCGGGGGAGGCCGAGGAGUAUGUGCACAGGGUCGGCCGCACUGCGCGGCUGGGCCAGGAGGGCGAGUCGUUCCUGUUCCUGCAGCCGAACGAGGUGGACUACCUGGACGUGCUGGCGCGGCGCCACGUGGCAGUCCAGCCGCUGGCGCUGAUGGGCAUCCUGGACGAGAUCCCGCUGGACCGCCGAAAAGGGCGGGCCAAGGAGGCGCUCGUUCCCGAGGUGCAUCCGGGCGUGCUCGCGCUGGAGAAGCGGCUCGAGGGGACGCUCGGGAAACAGCGAGAACUCCGGCAGCUGGCAACGGACGCCUUCCGGUCCUUCCUCCGGUCGUAUGCGGCGCACCGGGGCAGCUUGAAGCAGAUCUUCCACGUGAAACGGCUCCACCUGGGUCACGUGGCUCGCAGCUUUGCUUUGAAAGACGCGCCCACCCUGCUGGGUCAGUCGUCCAAGAAGCUGGCCAUGAAGAAGGAGAAGCAGGAGAGGCUCAAGAGGUUUACGAGGAAGAAGAAAAGAGUGACGGCGGCAACCAUGGGAGAAUAAGCCGCUAUUUCCCUCUUCAGAAGUUAGCCACCGCUGUCAGAACUCUUUGCAUAUAUGAACUUGCAUCAUCGAGGUACUAAUCUGGAUUUGCACUGGUUUGCCUACACCUUUGGGGACAUUGGGAUAUGCAGUGGAGAUCUAGGUUCCAAGUCGACUCCUGCACACGGAAGAAGCGAAGUGUUCAGAAG